AGUGGGCUUCUUACAAACUUGGAAUACUCGUUUGUAUGAGUUGCUCUGGAAUCCAUCGCAAUCUUCCUGGCAUCACCAGAGUCAAAUCCCUUGUGCUGGACUUCUGGGAGAACGAUCUUAUAGAGUUCAUGAAGAAUCACGGGAACCUCUUUGCCAAAGCUAAAUAUGAGGCCAAAGUCCCUCCCUACUAUUACAUCCCCCACUCCAAUGACUGCACGGUUUUAAGAGAGCAAUGGAUUAGAGCUAAAUACGAGCGUGAGGAAUUUGUCGCCACCCGAGUCUGCCAAGACCCUUGUUCUGCAGAGAACCGUGAAGGAUUCCUCUGGAAGCUUGGGCAGGGACGCAGACAGUUCCACAAGAGGAAAUUCUUCCUGUCACCAAGGGAAGGGGUGAUGAAGUACUACGGCAAAGAAUGCACAGGUCCCAAGGCCAUUAUCAGCAUGGAGACCCUGAAUGCAAUGUUCCAGGAAAUAAAAAUAGGACAUUCCCACGGGCUGCAGAUCACCUACAGCACAGAUGGGCAAACAAGGAACCUGUUUGUCUACCACGAGAGUGGAAAGGAGAUCGUGGACUGGUUCAACGCCAUCCGGGCAGCGCGGUACCAUUACCUCAGAACAGCCUUCCCCAAGGUCCCUGAGCACGAGCUCAUACCCAGGAUCACAAGAAAUUUUGUCAAAGAAGGAUAUAUGGAAAAAACAGGACCAAAGCACAAGGAGGCCUUUAAGGGACGCUGGUUCAGCCUGGAUUCUCAAGAAAGGAACCUGAUGUACUUUAAAAACCCACUGGAUGAGUUUGCACGGGGCCAGAUUUUUCUUGGAAGGAGGGAUGAGGGGUAUGAAGUACGACCUGAGCUGCCCAAGGGAAUCCGCAUGAAGAAGAGGAAACCAGGGAUCAUUCUGGUCACUCCAGGGAGAGAGUUUGUGUUUUUGUGCGAUAACGAUGAGAGGCAGAAGGAGUGGAUUGAGGCCUUGGACAGAGUCAUCUCCCAGCACUGAUGUCCACAGGGAGGAGCAGACUCAGGCAGCUACAUCCCAUCUGGCUGCAGCUCCUGUCCACACAGGGACAGGGUUGUUUUCAGCAGAGUGGGUUCAAUGUCUUUUUACACUGGCACAAUAAAAAUACACAAGUCAAGUUUGAACUGUGGAGGAUGCUGUGAUGGAACCACUCUAAUGGAAUCACACAGAUAAUCCCAGCUCCUUGCUUUCAGCAUUUCCUGCUGUUUGGCUUUUUUAUGAGUGGCAAAUCCAACUCGUGAGGACAAAAUUUUUCCAAAGCACAACAAACCCACACGGUGCCCCAGCAAACACCUCGUGAGCACAGGAUGAACAUGUGCUGAUCUGUCUCACCUAAAACCAGAUGAAGCUUAAUGAGCUUGAUUAGUCUGAGCACUGAAAGGCAGAAACUGGUUUUAAAAGUGUUGUCUUCAGUGACUUGCUUGAGUACACUCACCGAGUGGGGACCAGUUCUCAGCGUUGGGGGUAAGUGCCUCCUCAUCAGGUACCCCUUGUGUCCACUCGGGGCAGGACUGAUGGACACUUGCCCUGACUGAUACAGUGCUCUGAGUGUUUCCUCAAGACCAAGUCUGAGGUCUGGUUCUACCAAGCAGAACGUCAUUGAGAUAUUUAAUUCUUUCCAGAUAGCCUUAGUUUGCAAAUCAAGAGGAAGUCUUGCAGACCAAAUUUCUGGUGAGGCUUCCACCUCUUGCUGACUGUUGCCAGCCCGUCUGAGACACUCAGAAUAGUUCUCCUCUUCUGCAGAAAUGAGGAAGUGCCAAUUCUUGCAGGAAUGAGUGAGAUUAAUUCUUCUCUCCCCCCAACAGUGCAAAAGAAUUGAGUUGGAUCAUCACUCUGCCUGUCUCAGCCAGCUCUGAGCAAUCUGCAGCAGUUUUGCCUGCUGAUAUCCUCCCAUGAAGCUCGCUGUGCUCCCGCUCUCCCCACACAGCCUGAUUCAGUCUGCUUCCCAUGCUGGUUCAGCAUAUCUGUCAAGCAGCCUAAUCCUGCAGCUCCCGAAAUCAAUAGAAAGCACCCUCUGACUUGUUCAAGGAACAAUGGCUUCUUCGUUUGGUCUGUCGGGUUAAUUGUUAUUUUGAGAUGACCUGAGUAGCCCAGGAUGACCUCAGAAGGGUUCAGUGCAUCCCGUGGCCUGAACUUGCCACGGGUGGGGGGCUCUGCUGGGCUGGACUGGGCUGGGCUGGGCUGGGCUGGGCUGGGCUGGGCUGUGCCCCUGGCUGUCCCGGCCGGGUCAGCAGACUGCCCAUGUCAGCGACUCACUGCCACAAAAUCGGGAAACUCACGGUGAAAAUGAAACCCUGCCGCUAACGGGGACUUUUUUGGAGAGUCAAGACGAGUCUAGGCCAGGCCCAGGACACUCUGCAUCACAUUCCCAUUCCCACAGUCAACCCGAAUUCUGGGAACGAGUCGCAGCGGAGGAAGCGCUGACCGGCACCGGGCUGAGCGCCGGGAGCUCUGAGGGAGCUGAUACCGGAGGAG